GUAAGAAAUCUCUGCUACAUGGUAAGCAGGAGAGAGAAACUGAAGUUGUCUCACAGUAAAGUACAUGAACAGGUCUUCAAUUUACAAGUUCAGCUCAUUAAUCAGGAAAUUGCUGCAGGCCAUACCCUGACAAGUGCACUAGAGAACACACUGUUCUACCCACCUCCCAGGAUCACCCUGAAGUUAAAAAUGCCCAAAUCAGCACUAGGAGAUUGCAAAAAUAACUCACUGAAACCUGGCAACAGACCACUUUCUCCUGACAACAACAGCACUGCUUACAGCAAACGGAGCGUGCCGAUGUCAAAGGAAUUGUUUGAAAUUAAAGCAAAAUCUUACUCCAGGUAUCAGCAUGACAGCAGAAGUAACGGGUUGCUGGCAGGGAUUGGCAAGCCCCGGAGUGAGGUGAAGGAUUCUGGCCCCAUACAGAUGCCGGAGUUUCACCGGGGCCAGCCGUCUGGGAAGCCCUUAGCGCUCCAAGCUGCUUUGCAUGGACAGUCUUCCAUUGGGAAUGGGCGGGUGCAGCAGGAGAACUCGAGGCUGGCAGCCAAGUCCAACGGCCUGAUGGGCAGGGCUGGAGACAUAAGCCAGAGAGACAGCUCAAGCCAGACGCCCUACGAACAAGAGUCCAUGCUCACAGCUCACUUGGCCAGCCAGAGCGGUUUCAGAAAAUCUACUAUAGAACACUUUAGCCGGUCCUUUAAAGAGGCUACCAACAGUCUGGUGAGGACCACAGAAGAUCUCCGGUGCUGUGAAAAGCCAACAAGAAGACUUGCAACAAAAGAUCGCUUGUGGAGCAAGCAGACGCUUGAAGGUGCUCCGUACCAGGACAACGACGGGUACUGUCCUGACUUAGAGCUGAGUGACUCUGAAGCAGAAAGCGAUGAGAACAAGGAGCAAGUGAGGUUAAGACGAAGUAGCUCAGAGGGAGAGAGCCCAAGUAAGGACUUUGGAAGAGAUUGUCACAAUAGAAACAAAAAGAAUAUGAUUUCUCACAGUUCGGUACAAAGGUGA